AAUUCAACUUAGACGCUACAACAGCGUGAUUUAUUAUUAUGAAACCAGAAUCAGGCGGAAAUUUUAGAGGCGGACGCGGUAGAGGUGGUCAGAGGCAUAGUUUUGGUGGUGAAAAAAGUGCUGGAGAUGAAAGCCGAGGUGGAGGUAGAGGUGGACGUUUCAGUGAGAGAGGCGGGUUCAGAGGUGGACGUGGAGGUGACUUCGGUGGACGUGGUAGAGGACGAGGUGACUUUGGUGGUCGAGGUCGUGGGGGUUUCAAUAGGGGGACACCACGAGGAAGGGGUGGACGUGGAGGAAUGAGAGGAGGGAAGAAAGUGUUGAUAGAGCCCCAUAGACAUGAAGGUAUUUUUGUUGCUAAAGGCAAAGAGGACUGCUUGGUAACGAGAAAUGUUGUUGUUGGCGAGUCUGUUUAUGGUGAAAAGCGAAUCAGCGUUGAGGAUGAUGCAGGUGGUAAAAUUGAAUACAGAGUGUGGAAUCCCUUUCGAUCGAAAUUGGCAGCAGGCAUAGUUAACGGGCUUGAUCAGAUUCAUAUCAAACCAGGGAGUCGUGUUUUAUAUUUGGGAGCUGCUAGCGGAACUACUGUCUCCCAUGUUUCUGAUGUAGUCGGCGCAGAUGGAGUAGUUUAUGCUGUGGAAUUCUCGCAUCGUUCAGGACGUGAUCUUCUGAAUGUCGCUAAGCAUCGAACAAAUGUGGUUCCAAUAAUAGAAGAUGCUAGACAUCCUCACAAAUACAGGAUGCUUGUUGGUAUGGUGGAUUGUAUAUUUGCUGAUGUCGCUCAACCUGAUCAGUCUAGAAUAGUAGGGGUCAACGCCGAGUACUACUUAAAAAAUGGAGGUCAUGCUGUUAUAUCCAUCAAAGCCUCAUGUAUUGACUCGGUUGCUGCUCCUGAGGUUGUGUUUGCAAAGGAAGUAGAUACACUACGAAAAUUACAAUUCACUCCACGUGAACAGGUUACUCUUGAACCAUUCGAACGUGGUCACGCUAUGGUAACUGCUCAGUAUCGAGCACCGAAAAAGGUUAAGACUGAACAAUAAUAGCGUUUACUUGGUUUGUAUAUGUAAAUAAAACAUUUCGUUGAGACUUUUCGAGAUUGUACAACACAUGUAAUAAACGUCUUACUGAUUCGUACCGU